AUGCCAUCCCUUAAGAACCUGAAAGAAGUCCAAAAGCUCAACGGAUCUCUAACGGCUCUGGGAAGAUUCAUCGCCAGGUCAUCGGACAAAUGCAAACAUUUCUUCAACAUUCUCAAAAAAGGGAACAAAUUUGAAUGGACCGCCGAGUGCGAAGAAGCCUUCCAGAAGAUAAAAGAAUACUUGGCCACGAUCCCGAUCCUUCAAAAGCCCGAUCCCGAUGAGUUGUUGGCACUGUAUAUAGAAGCAACCGAAGAUGCAGUUAGCGCGGUCCUUGUCAAAACCAACACGAAUAUUGAGAAACCAAUCUACUACGUCAGCAAGACUCUCAACCCGGCGGAAAGAAACUCCACGAAGAUCGAACAACUCAUACUAGCAUUAGUAUGGGCAACCCAAAAGCUGAGAACUUAUUUCUUGACUCAUCAUGUUCGGGUCCCAUGUAAAGCGCCGUUGGAAGCUGUCCUCAAGAGCGCAGGGAAAUUAGGAAGGAUAGCCAAAUGGAACACUCAUCUGGAUCAAUUUAACAUUAUCCACGAGAUCCAAACUGCCCAAAAGUCACAAGUAUUAUCGGAUUUUUUGGCGGACUUACCUCUAGGAAACGAAGAAGAAGUAAAGGACAUACCAGAAGCAGAAGAUGACGGGAAAUAUCCAGUCGAUAUACUCGAACCCUCAAACCAAAGAAGAUGGGAAGUCUUCAUCGACGGAUCAAGAAAUAGAGAAGGGCCCGGCAUAGGCAUCGUAACUACCACCCCAACCGGAGAUAGGAUCGUACAUGCUCUAAGGAUGGAAUUCAAGGGGCACACCAACAACAUCGUAGAAUACGAAGCAGUAGUGCACGCCCUCCAAUUAAUAAUAGAAAUGGGGAUAACUGAUGUACGCCUAACAAGUGAUUCUCAGUUGGUCAUUCGGAAAAUAGAGCUAGAAUACAAUGUCUACGAUGAAACCCUCUCCGCAUACAUGGCUUUGGUCCAGACCUUAGCCUCCCAGAUACCAAGCAUCAAGUUCCGACACCUCUGCGGAAAAGAUCUCGGGCAUGCCGAUGCCAUAGCGUACAUAUCGUCGAUGAUGAGGGAUGAAAGCGUAAAUGUCAUCAAGAUAACAAGAGUAUACGAGCCUUCAAUUACUCCACAACAAUCCUUUGCCACCAAUCAAAUUGUCUCAGACAAUGAUAAGCAGCUACAAGGAAAAAUUAUAGAUAUGCUCUUCGAUACUUUCAAGAUCAGGAAGAACAAGUUAACUCCCAUUUACCCCCAAAGUAGCGGACAGGCUGAAGCCACGGACAAGACUCUAGCUCUUAUCCUCAAGAAAUCGUUAGACGAACAUAAGGGUCGAUGGUGUGAACAGUUGCAUAAUGCGCUAUGGGCAUAUCGAACCACAUGCAGAUCUGCCACCAGAAAAUCCCGAUUCCUCCUUACUUAUGGAGCCGAAGCUGUCAUUCGAACAAAGAUCAUCAUGCCAACAACGAAGACGGAAUCUUGGGAAAAGAAUCUCAUAGCGGAUAUGAUGUUAGAAAGGCUCGAUGACCUGAAAUAA